AUGAUUGCUGAACGGGAAAAAGGCUGGCUUCUGGUGGUGGAAUCUUUGAUCGAAACCGUACCUGACGAUGACUCUUUGGGUCCGGCUGUAAUAACACUAUUUCUCGACGAGUGCCCAUUGCCUUCAAAGGACACUGUUCAUCGACUAUUAUGCUCCCUCCGCCUUGAUCUUGCGGCUUCUGCGUCGUCGACACGCAAGCGUAGUUGGCAUCGGAACACAUGCAUAGUAUUAGGAUCUCUGGCGGAGAAACUCGCUGGUAGCAGCAGUGUGGCUAUGUGCAAUCCUACAACCUUGAAUUAUUUGAUAUCCCGAAUAGUUAGUUUAUCUUUUCUCUGA